AUGGAACGAUUUAUGCAUUUUUUUCAAUCAUCGAAUCAAUAUUCAUCAACACAAUCUUCAGACGAUAAACUAUCAUCUGAUCACCGACGUAAUGUGACUUCUAAUUCUUCUAGUACAAAUCAGCAUAGUAGUCAAACACAAACUUUAACACUUGUCAAUCAAAUUCAGCAUCGUCUACCAACAUUGAUACUUAAAUUAAGUCAUGUUCACAAAGAACAGGAGAAAAAUACUUCUCACAGUAAUGCACCAGAGCAGUAUUUCGAACGAAAUAUUAAUGAGUUACGUGAAAUGUUAUUGAAAAAUAUCGAUGAUUUUCGUGCACUUGUGCUGAGUGCAAAACCGUCAGUUUCCUCAAUUAAUGACCCAGAUUAUGUUCAACAAGAAGAAGCAUACGAUGAAUUAUUACGUCUAUCAACAGUUCUUAUUAUUAAAAUCCACGAAACUAUCCGAAUAGUACUCGAUCAAUAUAAGAAAUUUCUUGAUGAUAUUUGGAAUGCAAUCUGUGCUGAUGAAGAUCCAUCGUCAAUUGUAAGCCAGUUUCAAAAUCGCAUUGAAAUAUUGAUAAAAAAUACAUGGGAUCCGAUAUUUGUCGAAAUCAACAAGAUAACAGCGAACAAUACACUCUCAUAG